AUGAUUAUAUUGCUGACUACCAUUUUCAUAUUGCACGCAGUAAGUGCAAAUGAAGCCUACACGAAUCCGAAUCAGCCGAUCGUGCCCAACAUUAUUCAAAACGCCAUUUCUGAAAUUCUUCCGGGAUCUGGAGUAAGUUGGUCAACCUUAUGACUGGCUUUUAUUAGAAUAAUUUUUAACACAAAGUGUGUUUUCAGUAUGUAAACGGAUUCAACAAACCUGUAGCCGUCGGAGACCAAGCUUUGGGUGCUAGAGAAAAUAUCCACGUUCAGGUGGAACUACUAGAAUACAGUAACCCCAGACAUGCCCUUGAUGAAUCUCGAACAUGCUUGUGCAGUUCUGGAGAAUGUUUGAUGGUCAGUCCUCAAGGAAUGGGAUUCAGAUGCCUGUUCACCUUCAUGGUCAUCAUCACGUCGGCAGAGUAAGAACUUUUAUCAUGUAAUAUUAUUGUAAAGUUUGUUCUUCAUUACCGUAUGACCCAUUUUAGUGAUACUGUGCAUUACCGGUCGACAGAGUUCUUGCCAUUAAACAGUAAUGGACAUAUUGAUGCCAACUACACGAGCUCGUUCAGUCGCAAGUUCAACUUCUUUUUGAGUCAUGAACCGGUAAAUUACAUACGUUUAGUACAAUAUUCCUUUCACAUUUUUACUCUAAUAUUGCCUUCUCUUUCUUAAUAUAUGGGUUUAGCUUGCACUUUUAUAAGUAUUACCUGACUAUUAUAAUAUUUCUCAUUGAACCUGACUGUUUCAGAAAGCCAUUAAUGUGUUUGUUUACAAUCUGGGCCCUGUUAUCAAUACGUUUAAUCGAAAGUUGGAGAAAGUAAAUACCCUUUAUCAAGUCGAUACCUUCACCGUGCCCGUCGAAGUCACUGACAACGAAGUCAAACGGAAAUCGGUCGUCGGAAAUCUGCUGGGAACACAGUACGUUUUGAUAAUAACAAAGAGACAUUAUUCACGUUUUACGACUGAAUCAUCUCCGGCCAUCUGAAUUCACUAGUCCUAAUAACGAAACUUAUUACGACCACGUGUUCAACGUUACGUUUUCUCAUUUCGGGAAAAACUUGAGAUAAUUGAUGCUUAGCAGAAAACAAUUCACAUGCCAUUAAUAAUACAUUAUAUAUUAACAAUAUACGUAUUUCAGGCUGUCUUUCGGAUACUCAUCUAGUUGUCGCAACCAGUUGUACGGCCGAGGAUGUGACCUUCAAUGCAACAGAUCUACAGCCAAUUCUGGCAGUGCCAUUUGCCAGAAUCAGCAAACGGGCUACUUCAGUGUGUGUCGUUGGACCAACAACAAACAGGUAUACGACUGCAAGAAUUGUCCAUGGGGAAUCAAAGAAAACUCCUACUGUAUGGACGAACAAGGUGGAGUUCUGGAGUCAGAACAUGCUGGGGUAGUAUCAGAAGACUUCAGGACCGCCACUAUCAUUCUCGGGGUCAUUUGCGGUCUUCUUUUUGUUCUUCUGAUAAUAUUUAUUGGAUUGAACUGUCGCAACAAAGUCAGAAGUGGUCAGAGAUACAACAGAAACGACCCUGACGAGAUCAGACCUCUGCACGGUGCAGAUUCUACAGCACUAACGCCUGUCCUGCCUCAAAAGAAUCAACUAGUUCAGAGCAAACCUUUCACAAAGUGGACAGGACAAAGUAAGCUUUCAAUUGUCAGAAUGAUUCACUAGUAGCUGAAAGCUGAUAGUUUAAACCUUUGAAAAAUAACAAAGACAACUCCAGAACGUCAAUAUUGUUCUAGAAAUUGCGCAAAUAUUUGAGAUUUUCUCAAAUAAAUGUUUUUAAAUAUUUCACCACAUAUUUUAGAACCUCCAAGACAAGGUUACCCAAUACCCCCUCACCUGUCGACAGGACACAACAGCUCCUUGAACUCGUCCUUCAGCAGUGUAGCUCCGCCAGUGGCGCCAAGCCGUUCGGCCGACGUUUAA